AUGUUGCAGCUGGUGCGGGCCGCGAGCAGGGCGUCCCGACACACCAAAGCACUCCUGCCCGCUCUCACGAAAAAGUGGGAGCGCAUCGUGACUGCCAAGCAGGCCGCGGAGGCUGGGGGCGGCCAGGCCCGGAUCGCCAAGCAGCAUGAGAAGGGCAAGCUCACCGCCCGCGAGCGCAUUGCUGCCUUCCUGGACCCCGACUCCUUCGUGGAAGCGGGAUCCCUGGUCCAGCACCGCUGCACCGACUUUGACAUGGAGUCCCAGCAGUACUAUGGCGACGGCGUGAUCACGGGGUCUGGCACGGUGUUUGGCCGCCCCGUCUUCGUAUUCAGCCAGGACUUCACGGUGCAUGGCGGGUCCCUGUCAGAGUCGCACGCCCUCAAGAUCUGCCGGCUGAUGGACAGGGCGGUGGCUGCGGGCGCGCCCAUCGUCGGCCUGAACGACUCCGGCGGCGCGCGCAUCCAGGAGGGCGUGCUGUCGCUCGGCGGCUAUGCCGAGGUGUUCCAGCGGAAUGUGGACGCCUCCGGGGUCAUCCCACAGAUCUCGCUCAUCAUGGGCCCCUGCGCUGGCGGCGCCGUGUACUCCCCCGCCCUCACCGACUUCACCUUCAUGGUCCGCCACUCCUCCUACAUGUUCCUCACCGGGCCCGAGGUGGUGAGAUCUGUCACGGGGGAGGUGGUGACGCAGGAGGCGCUGGGCGGCGCCGGCACGCACAGUAGCAAGUCGGGCGUGGCGGCGGGCGCCUUUGACGACGAGCUGGAGGCGCUGAGCGCGAUGCGGGACCUGCUGUCGUACCUGCCCCCCUCCAACCGCCACGCCGCGCCCCUAGUCCCCUCGCGCGACCCCCCCACCCGCUCCUGCCCGGCGCUCAACUACCUGGUCCCGGACUCAGAUGCGGAGGCGUACGACAUGCACGCCGUGCUGGCGCAGGUCCUGGACGACGGUGCGCUGUUCGAGAUCGCGGCCGACCACGCCAAGAACAUCGUGGUCGGCUUCGGGCGGCUGGGCGGGCGCAGCGUGGGCGUGGUGGCCAACCAGCCGGCCGUGCUGGCCGGCUGCCUGGACAUCGACGCCUCCGUCAAGGCGGCGCGGUUCGUGCGCUUCUGCGACGCCUUCAACAUCCCGCUGGUGACCUUUGUGGACGUGCCCGGCUUCCUGCCCGGCACCGCCCAGGAGUACGGUGGCAUCAUCAGGCACGGGGCCAAGCUGCUGUACGCCUAUGCCGAGGCCACCGUGCCCAAGCUGACUGUGAUCACCCGCAAGGCGUACGGCGGUGCCUACGACGUCAUGAGCUCCAAGCACCUCCGGGGGGACACCAACCUCUCGUGGCCUACGGGCCAGGUGGCAGUGAUGGGCGCCAAGGGUGCCGUCGAGAUCCUCUUCAGGGGGAGGUCUCAGGAGGAGCAGGAGGUCAAGACCGCAGAGUACGAGGAGAAGUUCAGCAAUCCUAUGCAGGCAGCCAAGUACGGCUUCAUCGACGACGUCAUCGCCCCCCAGGACACCCGCCGGCGCCUGUGCGCCGAGCUGGAGGUGCUGAAGGACAAGCAGGCCACGCGCCCCUGGCGCAAGCACGGGAAUGUGCCGCUGUGA